AGUGUUGCGUGUAGUCGUGUAGUAUUUGUAUCUACAAAUUCUAUGUAGUUCUUUCAUCUCUGAGGUUGUCGCAAGUUUUCCAGCACAUAUGUGGAAAAAUCGACUCUUGAGUCUUGGCAGAAGUGGGCAGAGAGCCCUGCGUCCUCUCUUAUAUAAUCGCCUGUAUUCAAGUGAAUCCGUGCCGAAAAUCACUACUCAUUACACGAUUGUACCUCGAGAAACUGAUCCGAGAUGGAAAGAUGUGGAAAUGGAAAGAUUUUCAGACGAAGCCGAUGUUGUUAUAGUUGGUGGAGGUCCAGCUGGUUUAUCUGCAGCAAUCAGACUGAAACAAUUGGCAGAAGAAAAUGGGAAAGAAAUUAGAGUUUGUCUCGUAGAGAAAGCUUCGGAAAUCGGUGGACACAUUCUCUCUGGAGCUUGUCUUGAACCACGAGCUCUUAAUGAGCUUAUCCCUGACUGGAAGGACAAAGGGGCACCACUUGAUACACCUGUAAAGGAGGACAAAUUUGCAAUACUAACAGAGAAGGGAAGAAUUCCUGUCCCCAUACUGCCAGGAUUACCUAUGUACAACCAUGGCAACUACAUUGUACGGCUUGGUAACUUUGUUCGUUGGUUGGGUGAGCAGGCGGAAGCUUUAGGAGUGGAAAUCUAUCCUGGAUAUGCAGCUAGUGAAGUCCUUUACCAUGAAGAUGGCAGUAUAAAAGGUAUUGCCACAAAUGAUGUUGGAAUCCACAAAGACGGUUCCCCAAAGCCCACAUUUGAGCGAGGCAUGGAACUCCAUGCUAAAGUGACUAUAUUUGGUGAAGGAUGCCACGGCCAUCUUGCUAAGAACCUGUACAAGAAAUUCAACCUGCGAGAAAACUGUGAUCCACAAACAUAUGCAAUUGGACUCAAAGAGCUUUGGGAAGUAGCACCAGAGAAACAUCAUCCAGGACGGGUGGAGCACACUGUUGGCUGGCCUUUGGAUAAGGAUACAUAUGGGGGCUCAUUUCUGUACCACCUCAAUGAAGAUUCUCCUUUAGUUGCCGUUGGCUUUGUGAUUGGAUUAGACUACAGCAAUCCGUAUUUGUACCCUUUCAAAGAAUUCCAGCGUUUCAAGCAUCACCCGUCAGUGAAACCUACAUUUGAAGGAGGCAAACGUAUAGCUUAUGGUGCAAGGGCACUUAAUGAGGGUGGCUUUCAGUGUAUUCCCAAACUGGCGUUCCCUGGUGGCCUUCUUGCCGGCUGUAGUCCCGGAUUCAUGAACGUUCCAAAAAUCAAGGGGACUCAUACUGCAAUGAAGUCUGGGAUGCUAGCUGCUGAAUGCGCGUUUGAAGCCAUUACUGACGAGAAUUUCUCCUCUGCUACUGAAGGUCUUUUUCUGGAAUCCUACGAGUCACGGCUGCGAGAGAGCUGGGUAUGGAAAGAGAUUCAAAGCGUGCGCAAUAUAAGGCCCUCAUUUCACAGCCCCUUGGGUCUUUAUGGCACCAUGCUGUACACGGGCAUUUUCUACUACAUCUUCCGCGGCAAGGAGCCAUGGACUUUGAAAAACAGCAAAUCUGACGCGGAGCACUUGAAGCCCGCCAAAGAAUGUCAGCCGAUUGAGUAUCCUAAACCCGACGGGGAAGUAAGCUUUGAUUUGUUGUCUUCCGUCGCCCUGAGCGGUACAAAUCACGAGGGGGAUCAACCGGCACAUUUGACUCUCCGGGAUGACUCCGUACCGGUCAAUAGGAACCUCGCGAUUUAUGACGGCCCCGAGCAGAGGUUUUGCCCCGCGGGGGUGUACGAGUAUGUUCCCAAGGAGGAUGGCGAUGGUAUGAGGUUGCAGAUCAAUGCACAGAACUGUGUUCAUUGCAAGACUUGUGACAUUAAGGACCCGAGUCAGAAUAUUAACUGGGUUGUCCCGGAGGGGGGAGGGGGACCGGCUUACAAUGGAAUGUGAUGGUGGACAGAUGGAGAGCUGUUUCGCUUCUCUUCGAACAUUUUACCGUUGCUUUGGUUUUAGAAAGCUCACAUCCUGAAAUUAUUGCCGGAGUGUUGCAGCUUUCUACAACAAGCGAAAGGAAACUGGCCGAGAAAACAACCAAUGGAGCUCGAGAUAGCAAAUAACGUUUGACUGGGCUCGCGUCGUUCUUAAGUUGCUUGUUUUUAAAUAGCGUUUGAUUCCCACAUCGAAAAGAAACUUUGCGACUAUGCCAAACAGAAUAUCUCUUAAGUUGACGCUUCCUUCUUACACGAAAAAUGCCGAGUAUGUAUUAUGGAUGAAUAUCGCUAACGAAGCGCGCGAAUCGCGCGAAGGACUCGUCGUGUUUGUUACCGCGUGUCUUCCACCAUCUUCUGAGGAAAUAAGACAUACUAAGAACCGCCUCAUGGCAUCGCUAAGAAAAUGUCUGGGCGUCACUUAGUUUAGAACGAGGUUAGCUUUUAAUUGUGGAAUUUUUUGAAAGUGUAAGUUUUCGAAUUUUCGGGGAAGCGCUAAGAAAAAAAUUUUGUCAAAAAGGAAAUGGCAAAUGUUUUUCCUUAAGUUUUAAUUGUGGAAUUAAAUUAAUAACGGUUUUAACCGCUUUCUAAUAGA